CCCGGCUCGCGCAUUUUCCUACUCUCUCUCACCCCGCGCCAAGAAGACCUCUCUGUCCUAUCGAUUGCUACCCGCCCCUCACUUUUCCCAAUCAAGCAAGCAGCGCAUCGGAGCUGUGAACAAUUCUGGUCGUCACUUGUUGUUUGCCAGACCAAUUGCUAUCGCUCGUGAGCCCUUUGUGGCUGGAGCUCUGUAACACAUCAAGCUGCUGCUUUGCUUGUUGCCCAAUCCUCGCCAUUAAUCUUCACAUGGACCAGUCAUACGCCCCCCGAUCACCCGAACUUUCCGGAUACGCGCCUCGCUCUCCUGACUUGGCCGCCUAUCCACCAGUCUCUCAGGGCCAGGAUCUGUACGCUCCUCAAUCACCCGACCUAUCUGGCUUGCAACAACCUCAGCACUCUUACGCACAGGAUCCGUCUGUUCACCACAGCUUCGGCCUCGACCAGCACCAGCAACCACUACCACAGCAGCACAUUGCGCAGACAUACCCUCCUCAGCAACCAGGUUACACACUACCGCACACCUCUCUGCAACAGCCUUUGCUCCCCGAAGCCUACCCAUCGCCGUUCGCGUUUGGUCAACAACCCGCCUAUCAACAGCAGUAUCCUGCAUACCCCGAAAUGCCUGUCCAGACCCGUAACAGGGGUGUGCGCACGCCCGCCGAGGUCGGAAGCUACAACUACGACAAUGGCAACGUCAAGGAGGAGGAGCCUGCAUGGGAAGAACAGCAAGCGGUAGCACCAACACCCGCUCGCCGUGGUAGAAAGCCGAAAAGCGAGACAGGCAAUGGCGCUGCCCCUCCCACGCCGAUGAAGAAGAUGGACACUGGUGGCAUCGAAGUCAAGACAAAGUUCCCAACUGCAAGGAUAAAGCGCAUUAUGCAAGCCGACGAGGAUGUGGGCAAAGUGGCUCAAGUCACUCCGGUCGUUAUGGCCAAAGCACUCGAGCUCUUCAUGAUCCGCCUAAUUUCAGCCAGUGCAGGAGUCGCAAAGCAACGUGGCUCUAAGCGUGUCCUUUCCCAGCACAUGAAGUCCGCCGUCAUGCAAGAUGAGCAGUUCGACAACCUCCGAGACAUCGUAGGCAGAGUCCCAGACGCCCCAGCAAAGGGUGGCAAUGGCGAUGACUCUGAGGACGAGGAAAGUGCCCCUAAGAAAGGUGCAGGUAGAGGAAGAAAGGCCGGCACAGGAGCUGGCGGCGGCAGAGGAAAGAAGCGAAGAGACAGUGACGACUUCUGAUGACCGCAAGAAAGCAAAAAGACCACUGUACGAGCAGAUAGCAUUAGAGCAGGCAUAAUAGCUCAAGAUGGCCUGACAAGAAGACAUGAUACCCCUGC